AUGGGAAAGCUCAAGCGUAAUAGAAAUAACCGUAAAGCCAGAGUUAACCCUCUUGGCGAAAAAAAAGUAGGAAAAGAGGACCAAAGGGACGAAAACACUCGUAAGUCCAAGAUCUUACCUUUGAUCAAUAACUUGAAGUCAUCGGUGCCCAAUGAAAAAUCAAUGGCCCUUGGUGCAUUGACUGUGAUUUGUGAAGAUACAAGAAUGAGAAAGCUAUGCUUAAGAGAAAAAUUAGUGCCCCUUAUUAUGGAACAGUGCUUAAAUGACAGCAAUGAUGAGAUUGUCGUGGAAGCAUUCGGGUUGCUAAGAAACUUGGGAAUUGAGGAAGGGUAUGAUGUAAUUACAUACUACUGGAGACAGAACAUCUGGGUGGCUUUAGAAGCUGGGUUGAAUAAGAUUGAGAAGUCGUUUAAGUUCCUUGCCGAAAACAAGGCACUCCCUGAAAACAAUGCCGGGCUUGCUAAAAAAGUUGACGAGAAGGCUAAGAUUCAAUUGCUCUAUGAUUUCACCGAGAACAUUUUAUCUAUGGUGCUAGUAUUGGCAGGAGGAUCUGAUACACUUUAUGACAAUGUUUUCGGAAGAAUUGACCCUGUUUUAAGAUUUGUGAUCGACUUGAUUAACUGGAACACCCCUAGUAUUGAAACUUCGUUAAAGCUCCAUAACACUUUGUUGGAGUUCAUCUACGAGUUCUCCACUGAGUCAUUUGAAUUCAUUGAAAAGUUGAAUGCAAUCGGUAACUUCAACGUGCAGCUAUUGACUGCCGGAUCGGAGAAGAAUCUCUUAGGAAGAGGUUAUGUAGAGGGUAUCAAAUACCAAAUUUAUGAAUCAGAACAGAGCGUAUCAUCUUCGGAGAAGAAGGAACAGGUCUUCAAGACUCUCACGAACAUUAGCAAUAUUUUAGCCAAUGUCGACUUGAAUAGUAUCAAGAUCAAUUUUGCAACCCCUGACAAUGCAAAUGAUCCAAUUACCAAGCCAAUAGAGGUCGGAAGUGGUGAAGAAAAGAUGCAAGAUAUAGAUCAACAAAUUUCAGGUGAUACUCCAGAAAAAACGCAAGCCAAGGAUGAUAUCCAAUUGUUGGAGGUCUCUAUAGAUCUUUUCACUUCAAUUUGGGAAUUUCUCGCUACCAUCGAGGGACUGCAACCCGUUUCUCUUGGAGAUGACCUCUUGAAUGUCAUUUUUAAGGGAGUGUACCCAAUACUUUCAGAAUUGAUACAAUUUGAUAUUAGAAACAACCACAUACUCCAACUAUCGAAUAAGAUCCUUAUUUGCUUCAACAACUUGUGUUGGUUAAUGCUUUCAAUUGAAACAAUUCCAUCUGAGUGGUUCGAAAUCUCCACCAAACUCUGGGAAUUAGCAAUACAAAUAUCAUCCAGUACACAAUCACUUCAAAUUCUGAAGAAUUGCUUGAAUGUUUGUUGGGCAAUCAUCAAAACUAUUGGACCUGCAAUCAACUUAAGCCCAGAAAUGAUUAAUGGGCUUAUUGCCAAAUGCAAUGGGAUGGAUGUCGCUAGAGGGGAAGGUAAAGACGCAUUGGAUCACUUUGAAUUUAUACUUUCUUCAGUUGGUUUCCUAGGUUCGUCUGCUCAAGUGAUUUCAAACUUUGAAAUAACUAGAAAUAUCUCAGAUUUCUUAUUAUCUUUGAUAAGUGGUUUUACUAACAAAGAGUUCAUAGACGAAACCACUACUAUUUCAACAGAAGACAAAACAAAGGCAUAUGAAGUGGUCAUUGAAAGUUUAGAUUUAUUCUAUGAUAUAUUCGGAGAUGCAGAAUAUCCUUAUGAUCUUCCUGUUUUUGUUCAGGGUGAUUAUUUAAGCAAAUUGAGAGCAUUGGAACCUCAAGUUAAGGAAAUGUACAAGAAGGUUGACAAGAACAAGAGUAAGGAGUUAAAGUCAAGAGCAGAAGAAACAUGGAAUAAUAUGAACAGAUUUAUCGAGUAUAAAGCUAGUGAAAGAAGAUGA